AUGCAUUCGUAUAAUUACAAAGAGGAUGAGUCCGGUGAUGAACUAGCAGGUUCAAGUGAAAGUGCAGGGUGUGGUCAUGUGUCUUGGCAAAACAGUCUAUCCCUUCAAGUAUUUCGAUCACCAGAUUCGAGAACCAAAAAGGGUAGGAUGAGCCGUAGGAGACCACGAGACUACGAACCAAUGUCUCCCUAUUUUCCGGAUAUAAAAGAAAGUUCAGGAUCUCCCAGAUACAAAUCUCCUAUGAAGUACGCAAGAAAUGUUGAAUUUGAACUGAAUGAAGAUGACAUUUCAUCGCCAUCUUCAUUUUCAAAACAGAUAGACCGUGCCACUUUUAUAACAGCCCCGUUUGACGACGAUAUAUCUAUAAAAAGAGGACCUUUCCGCUUGCCUCUAAUUUUGUCAUUGCCCCACGGAGAAAAAGAAAACAAGUCGAAUAAACGUACGUACGAUAAGACGAGAAGUUUUCGCCAAGAUCGAAUGGAAGUAGAAGACUUGACUUUUAGUCCAGCGUUGAAGUUGAAAAACCACGAUUUUGAGUCUUCAGAGUUAUACCAAAAUGGAAACGAGGAGAAACGUUCCCAAUUUGUUCUACUUAAUUCGGGUCAAUACAGUUCAUAUCUUAGAAAAGUUGUUUCAAGGGGGAACCUUUUACGAAAAUGUCCUGAACAAAUUGCUGGUACAUCUGUUUGCUCACGUAAAAAUUCUUUUCCACACAGCAGUGCAGGAUUGGUACCUUGCUCUACAGAGGAGAAAGAGCCGAUUGGAUGUCAUGUUGUCGGAGAUUUGCAUGGAUUUACAACAAAUACAAUGAGAUAUUUUGACAAUCCUGAUUUGAGUGAUGUUAUUCUUUUGACUGGAGAACAUCGAUUCUAUGCUCACAAGUUUGCUCUCGCUUCUCAAAGUGACGUGUUUCGGGAUAUGAUGAUUGUCAGCGACAGAUGUACUGGAUGUCCAGACUUUCAAAAGGAAUUGGAGCUGAGUGAAUCAAAAGAUUGUCAAUCUGUAUUUCCCCAAUUUUUACGAUUUUUCUACUGUGGGAAAAUUACAUUCACAAGCGAUACGGCCCUUCCUUUACUGGUGCUUGCUGCAAAAUAUAAAGUUGAGGCUCUAAGAUCUGCUUGUGACGCGUUCAUCGCAAAUAUGAUUGAAGAUGGCGAUCUCAAAAGUGCUAUAAAAUGGUUGAAAUACGCCACUAAUUACAAGCUACAGGACCUGGCGACAAAGUGUGUUGAUGGAGCAAUUGCAGAUAACAUGGAAGAGUUGGUUGAUUCUCCGGGCUGGCAAUCUCUUGAACCAGAAUGCGUUGAAGCUAUCAUGCAAAGUUCUUGCUUACUGAUUCCUGAUGAAUUUUUCCUCUUUGAAGCUAUACAACGUUGGUUCAUGGCAAGAAGAAAAUCAGCAUCCGAUGAUGAAAUUGGAGAAGAUCUGAGACAGAUACUACCACACAUCAGGUUCUCGCAGAUGCACGGCACUCAACUACUUGCAGUUGAAGAAUCCCCAAUUGGACUUCAUUAUCGAUCAAUCAUACGAACAUAUCUCGGCGAUGCCUACAGAUAUCAAAUUCUAGCAAGACAGUGCUCUGAUUUUCAAGAUCCGCAAUAUUUACCACGUGACUACACUGAUAAACAAUGGUGUGUUUGUAUUAAUUUUCAUCCGACUCGAAAUAAACGUAUGGCUCCUUCAGCUCUAUAUGGAAACGGGAGAUGGGAAAUUCAACCACGACGUUACUACGACACUGUGAAUGUCGUGAUUAUUUUGAAAAGACAACUCCAAAGCGACGUAAAAGUUUGCAUUUCUAUUCUGAUAUACAAAAGAAAUGGAGAAAUCCUGAUGCGUCUUCGACGCAAGCCUUGUAUUUUGCGACCGGUUGAUAUGUCGCCAAGACCAACUAUUAUUGGAGGCCGAAACUCAUUAGCCGAUGUACAGCAUAUUACCAAAAGAUCAAAUUCGUCGUUAGAUGGUCUAAUGACCAGUAAUACAAAUGGAAACGCCGGAAGAAACAGUCAAGCAUUCCACGGUCAUUCUCACAAAGCACCCCACGGACCAGUCAAUCGCCUACAAGGCCCGCAUAAUGGUCAAGAAUACUACGCGAUUGACAAUAUUGUUAGCGAUGCGGAUUUUCAAAUGGCUCUCAGUCAAUCGGGCCCGGGGGGAAUAAAAUUUGGUGUCAUAAUACGAACAUGGUCUUUCAGUGGAUAAAAUAGGAGAACUGUCUGUAGCUAUAGCGCAGUGGUGGGAUUCAAAUUUAUUGUCAGUCGGUUCUUUCACAAAAGUCAUAUUUUUCAGCCGGUUCUGUUGCAAACAGAACAUUGACAGUAACCAGUAAUGCUGACCGGUUCGCUGAUUCCAUAAAAUUCCGUAAGACGGUUCUAUAGAACCGGUGCAAACCGGCUGAAUCCCACCACUGCGCUGUAGGUAUAUACAAUGCAUCGCGAAAACUGUGGGAAAAAAUUAUUAUUUAUGUAAUUUACUGUCUGUCCAACUAGAAUGAAUUUGUGUCGGGAGUACAAAAUCUGAAUCACUAAAGAUAGAAAUAUCCAACUUACAUUUCUUAGUUAUGAUGAACAACAUGUA